AGCCAACUUCUGUCGCAGUCUAGGCCCUGCCAAACUCGUGCCCAGAGCCCGAUAGUCAGCCUCGGAACAAAAUCUCCGGAUGUUGUGCACUGUGCAGUGCAGGUGCAGGUGUGCAGGUGGUGCGAAUCAGGGGGUGACUAAGCAAACCUUAAACGCAAACUGCGGAGGAGCCUCAACUUUAUUUCGUCCUCAUCUUUCUCGAUCAGGAAUCAAUCGGUAUUAGAGAGAGUAGCGACGGAGAGCAUGAUGACGGGUGAAAAGGCAGCAAUUGAACUGUAGCCUCUUUGGUGGUGGUGGAUGAAUCCUGGUGCUGUGGUUCGGUCGUUGAAUCGUGAUAUCUUCGGGCGCUCGUUUCUGCUUGACAACUGGCGUCCAAGGAUCCUCGUUAGCCUGGCGCCGUUUCGCUUCGGAAGUUACCAACCCUCGCUGAUUGGAGUUCCUGAUUUAUUCCAGACCGACGCAACGCCGCCAAGUCGGACUCGUUUCGACCGGCGCUUCCGUGCUCACUUUUUUAACCACUUACAAAAACAUCCGCAAGGUGGAAAAGUGGGCUGCAGUUUCAAGAAGCAGCAACAUGUUUCCAAACAGAGCGUGGCCCUUUGGUUGUUGAUCUUUGUUCCAGAUAUCCAGUUGCGUAUUCAACAGGGCGUGAUGAGGGGUUCUCCUGAUGCUUGGGGAAUUGUAACAUCCAGCCCCGCCGAGGCAAAAUUUUCCUGACUACGACUGGAUAAUGGCUCGUAAUGGCUCCUUGUCGACCACAUCUCGUACGGGCGCUCACUCCCAAGACGUGGAGGCUGUGGCUCUUGAUAGCCACGCAGCGUAUGGCUCUGGAUGUCUUACGUCCCACGCUAGGUAGUUGGAUUCACCCAACUACUGGACUGUACCGCUACAUUGACCUCCACUGGCGCCGCUACAUGAACUAAUUCAGGAACACUGGGCUGUUUGUUGUCAGGGUCAGGGCCAAAGCUGAUUUUAUAACAAGAUGAUGAUGACCCCUGGAAACUUCUCGCAAGUUAAUCUUUUUCUGUUCCCUUUUGUUGCUGGUUUCUUCUUUUCAGUCAGUCAAACACAUUCCUUCUGCGCAUCCUUUUUAUGUUGCAGGUAUUGCAACUAUUCCAUUCCUUGACUAUUGUGUUUUGCAUAAUUACGCUCUUUUCCUGUGAAGAGGUUUGCAUCUCUUCACCAUUUCGAAGUUAUAAAACGUUCCACGUGAAGACUAGAGUCGACAUCAUUCCUUGAGCAACAUCAACCACAACAACAAAAUGAGGGCUACCAAGCUCGCGUUGCUUGCCGCUCUGGCCAAGCUGAGUACUGGCGCCUACGUACUCCAAGAUGAUUAUCAACCCUCGAACUUCUUUGACGACUUCGCUUUCUUUGACGGACCGGACCCAAGUAAUGCAUAUGUUACUUACGUUGAUAAAUCCAAAGCACUGAGGGACGGGCUUGCUUCAAAUAAUAACGAUUUUGUCUAUCUCGGAGUUGACCAUCAGAAUGUUGCAAGGGGUCGUGGCCGUGAGAGUGUUCGGCUGGAGACGAAGAAAUCAUACAAACACGGCCUGAUUGUGGCUGAUAUCUCUCACAUGCCCGGUAAUAUCUGUGGAACCUGGCCCGCGUUCUGGGCAACGGGGGCCACAUGGCCUGAUGAUGGCGAAUUCGAUAUCAUCGAGGGUGUCAACAAACAAAACAAGAACGUGGUUGCAUUGCACACCACAGCAGGCUGCAAAGUGGAAGACAAUAAUAAAUAUAGUGGGAUACUCGUCACCAAGGACUGUGAUGUAUACUCUCCAAAUCAACCAAGCAACCAAGGAUGCUUGUUCAGGGCCCCUAGCGCAACUAGCUACGGAACUGCAUUCAACAGUAUUGGCGGAGGUGUAUAUGCGACUGAAUGGACUAGCGAUUCCAUCAGUGUCUGGUUCUUCCCGCGCUACCAAAUUCCCUCCAAUAUCAAUGACGAGAACCCAGAUCCGUCGACCUGGCCCAGACCAAUUGCACACUUCACGGGUUGUGAAUUUGACAAAUUCUUCCAGGAACAGCGAAUUAUCUUCAAUACCGCCUUCUGUGGUGACUGGGCCAAGGCUACCUGGAACGAGAACGGGUGCGCUGCGGGAGGCAGGACUUGCGAAGACUAUGUCAAGAACAACCCUUGGGCAUUCAGUGAAGCCUUCUGGUCCAUCAACUACAUGAAAGUUUUCCAGAACAAGCAAGGCGAUACGUCAACUAGCACCACUACAUCCUCAACAUCAUCGACGUCUUCGUCGUCAACUGAGGCCCCGACUACGACUAUGACCACGUCAUCGACAUAUGAGCCUUCUGUCUCCAGCUCUACUGCCCCGGAACCUUCGCAAUCCGCGUCCACGCCUAGCGAAUAUCCUCAACCAUCGACCGCUGAGCCUACCGCAUCCAGCUCUUCCUACCCCAAGUCUUCGUUUGCGUCUACUGACUCUCCUGUACCUACCGAUUAUCCUGUUCCAUCGUCUGAAGAACCCACUGUCCCCAGUGCUACCUACUCAGAAUCUUCGCCUGUGCCUACCGAUUAUCCUGUUCCAUCGUCUGACGAACCCACUGUUCCCAGUGCUACUUACUCAGAAUCUUUGCCAUCGGCAUCCGCACCUAGCGAAUAUCCUACUGGGACCGCUUCCGUUGACCCGACUGACGUCUCAUCCUGCACGCCACCACCAACGCAGAGCUGCAUAACCUAUACGACCAAAACGACAAUCGCGAUCGUAGUGACUGCUCCUGAGAGUUACAAGGAAGCUAUCCCGACAGAGUCAGCUGAGGAUGAGACAGAGCCAGCUGCUUAUCCCACAGAACCAGCGGGAUACCCCACAAAUGACAAGUACUGAAGCGACGACAGCAUAUCAACGAGCACGCUGCUGCAGCUCAUCAUUGAUAGGUAAAAUAGAAUGCGCCUCUUGACUCCCUUUUGUAAUAGCUCUGUUGGAAUUUUUACUUGGGUGUGAUAUUCGUUUUUCCUUCAUUGUUCGUGCUCUCUUGGACGAGCAAUCAGGGGCCAGGCCUCGCUUUGGUCUCCUUUCUUUUUUAGGGAGUGUUGAUGAUGUGUUUGAUAAUGUUUCUACUUCUGUUAAUCUAAUUAUAUUCUUCCUAUUUUUCUUUGCCGGCUUUGCUUGGGUGAAAAUGCUUAUUUGGGUGAAAUGGGAACGGACGAAGUGGAAACACCACUUUGGAUGGCCCGAUCAAUUUUUAUUAUUGGGGGAAAAUCCGAAACUGAAUACAACGCACGCAGGAUAAGCACAGCCAAAAAGGCCCUCUUUUAUUAUUAUUACCUUAUAUAAUUUUAGAUGAGAAGUUUAUGGGCUUGAAUCUGUUAAAUACCCUGCGAUUCUUUGCUAGUAGUUUUUGUUUACGAAGGUGGCUACGGAUAUAUAUACAUAUAUAUAUACAGAACAGACAGCCCAUAGAAAUUUGACAUUCAGUCACACAUCUCAUCUCCCUUUGUCUAUCCUAAUCAUAGACCUACGUUCUAAGUAUUCUGAUUUGGACCCUUCAAUUUCUCUCACCCGUUUUGAUAAUCGGGAACGCCGAUCCCUACAUUUUGAGCCUCACAUUAGCUUUGUUGUCUGUAUGUGCUAUUACUAUUACUGCGCUCUUCAUAAAUUAUAAUCACCAAUCUUAAUAUUGUCAAGGUGAAACAAGCACAUGAAAUAACUCGU